AAAAAUCCGCUUAUUAGUUAGGGCCAUUAUGGUAUGGUCACAUCCCACCGAAAUUUUAAUUGCUGUAAAUAUACAGUCAGAGUUGAUAUCAGUUACAGUAUCAAUUCUACAAUAAAAGCUUUGUAAUUGCUCCCAUAAAAUAGGUACAUUAACUUCGGAUGUACCGGACGAUACCGUGUACACUGAUGGACAGAAAACGGUACGGAUGGGCGACAGAGUUGUCCUGACAUGUCGGUUUCGAGGCUCACCAUUGGCUGUCUACUGGAAGAAAGGUGAUGACCCAAGAACCGCACCAAACCUUGUAUCAUGGGUCCAAAGUUAUAACGUCACUGGUGAAUGUGAUAAUAAAAGCAUAUGUGAGAUCAUGGAGAUGAAUGAGAAUCGUUCUUUGGUCAUCAAAGAAGUCAGCAUUGCGGAGCAAGGUCGAUACAUCUGCGGAGUAUCGGGCUACGAGACAGACUUCAUCCACAACUUUACGGAUAUCCGUGUAUUUUCGCCUCCUUCUGAACCGUAUCCACGUAUUGAGGAAUGCCCAGGCGUCAACAAUGCUCCGCAAUCUUGCAACCUGUCGGCUUUUGACACUGUCACCAUCACCUGCACCGCAUCGAAGUACUUUCCCGACAUUGAUCUGUUCUUCAUCCACGAAUCUAUUAGGACGAACGAAACAUACUCGCAAAUCGGUGAACAGAAAAACAAGGACGGCACUAAAAACAAAUCGGUUUCCAUCGUCGCCAAGCCGAGUGAAAACCCAUAUGUGUGCGUGGCGUCCAGUAUCCCUGGAUCGCAAGACCCAAGGACAGUUAGUGUAACAGUAUAUCCUAUUGAGACAACAGUUACCAUGACGACAGCACAAACUAAUCAAACAAGUCCACCUCGCCAAAGACAUGUAGCAGCCAAAGUUGUUGUAUCGCUUAUUCUGAUUCUGGUAGCGGUUCUUGUUUGCAUCUUCAUCUGGUGGUAUAGGAAGAGGAGGGAAUCGAAUCAUGGGACAGGGGGCUCGGAAACAGUGCCUUUGCGUCCGAUGCAAGAUAUCAAAGGGAAAGUUUCUUUUUAUGAAUUAUGGCACUUGAUACAUCACAUGGAAACUGAAUACUCGGAAAAACUACGGCAGGCCUUCAUUUACCUGAAGAUAUGUCGGGCAGAAGACGAACUAUCUGCAGACAAUGCCUACAAUUUGCUUUGCGAAUGGAAGGAUACAAAUACAUACGAUGAUGAAGCUACGGUGCUGAAAGAUGCAUUAACUGGACAUGGACUUGAGCGAUUAUGGAAAAACUUGUGUGGUACGAGAUAUGACACAACGUAUGUCCCUGACAAACCGUUGAAUCGUAUUUUAGGGAACGUUGGUGGUGAAGAAGACAUUCGAACUUUUUUUCGUGAACUUCUACGCAGCACCCCCGAGGAUCAGUUGGAAUGGCAUGGAAAUGAAAGAGAUGGAAAAAAUGAUCCUGCGAUUUUUUUGAGGCAAUGGUGUGACAAAGAACAUGAAGAAAACCAAGUUGUCCAACUGAGUUUAGCUCUCGAAAGAGCCAGAUUCAAGCCUUUAGACCGAUCAUUUUUCGAAGGAUAAACGGUGUGGAUCUAUAUUCAACUGGAUCGGGUCAAGCCAUGGAGCAUGCGCAGAUCAACGUUGAGAAAACAUAUCGAGCAUGAGCAUGCACAGUUCUCCCCAUGGAAUUACAUUUUAAAAAAAAUACGGAGAUAUUUGCAGCGAUGUGUUUAUUUUGUAUUUGAAUCUUUGUCACAUGAUCACAAAUUGACCAAUCGUUUUUCUAUAAUACUCAUGAAUAUUCAUCAAGGGGAUAUAAGUAUGUGCGUAUAUAAAUAUAUGUAGUGCAAAACCCCAUGUUAAGAGUGUUGGGAUAUAUAAUGUAUAGGAGCAAUAAACAAAUUAGUAGAAAGUAUUAUGACUACAUGCACUACACAUUUGUUUCGUAGGAACAGCAAAAAUGCUGCUCCCACUCUUCAUGUACAAAGUAACGUGAUUAAGUACAGUUUAUAUAAGUUUAUUUAUGGGAAGUUCAUGAUAGACUGUGGCUAAGAAGGGAUGACCAAUGGACUACAGAGAUUUGGCCAACAAAAAAGGCUGGGCUAUUUGAGAUUUAUUGGGGACUGGAUGGCAUGACCCCCUCC